AGGCACUGGUGGCUCACACCUGUAAUGUAAUCCUGGCUACUCAGAAGGCGAGAUGAGGAGGAUUUCGGUUUAAAGCCAUUCCAGCAAUGAUGUUGUCCACUGGGCAUGUACUGACCAAGGUGGCAGGUGUGAGAACAUAGCUGAAGCUGAAAAUAGGAAAGCUGGGGGCAAGGAAGAGCCUUGAAUCUUGAGGUGGGACGUUGACUCUAAGAUGUCCUUGAGCAGUGGAGCCUCCGGAGGGAAAGGAGUGGAUGCAAACCCGGUUGAGACAUACGACAGUGGGGAUGAAUGGGACAUUGGAGUAGGGAAUCUCAUCAUUGAUCUGGACGCCGAUCUGGAAAAGGACCAGCAGAAACUGGAAAUGUCAGGCUCAAAGGAGGUGGGGAUUCCGGCUCCCAAUGCUGUGGCCACACUACCAGACAACAUCAAGUUUGUGACCCCAGUGCCAGGUCCUCAAGGGAAAGAAGGCAAAUCAAAAUCCAAAAGGAAUAAGAGUGGCAAAGACACUAGCAAACCCACUCCAGGGACUUCCUUGUUCACUCCAAGUGAGGGGGCAGCUAGCAAGAAAGAGGUACAGGGACGCUCAGGAGAUGGUGCCAAUGCAGGAGGCCUGGUUGCUGCUAUUGCUCCCAAGGGCUCAGAGAAGGCGGCUAAGGCAUCCCGCAGUGUAGCUGGCUCCAAAAAGGAGAAGGAGAACAGCUCAUCUAAGAGCAAGAAGGAGAGAAGUGAAGGAGUGGGGACUUGCUCAGAAAAGGAUCCUGGGGUCCUCCAGCCAGUUGCCUUGGGAGGACGGGGUGGUCAGUAUGAUGGAAGUACAGGGGUGGAUACAGGAGCUGUGGAGCCACUUGGGAGUAUAGCUAUUGAGCCUGGGGCAGCGCUCAAUCCUUUGGGAGCUAAACCGGAGCCAGAGGAAGGGGAGAAUGAGUGUCGCCCGCUAAAGAAAAUCAAGUCUGAAAAGAUGGAGUCCCCUGUCUCCACACCAGCGGUGCUGCCACUGCACCUUUUGGUGCCAGUGGUCAAUAAUGACAUCUCAUCCCCCUGUGAGCAGAUCAUGGUUCGUACGCGAUCAGUUGGGGUUAACACUUGUGAUGUGGCUCUAGCCACAGAGCCUGAGUGCUUGGGCCCCUGUGAACCUGGAACCAGCGUCAACCUUGAAGGCAUCGUGUGGCAGGAAACAGAAGAUGGGAUGUUGGUGGUAAACGUGACAUGGAGGAAUAAGACAUAUGUAGGUACACUUCUUGACUGCACGCGGCAUGAUUGGGCACCCCCAAGGUUCUGUGACUCACCCACCAGUGACUUGGAAAUGCGAAAUGGCCGAGGUAGAGGCAAACGCAUGCGUCCCAAUACUAACACACCUGUCAAUGAAACAGCCACAACCUCUGACAGCAAAGGGACCAGCAGCAGCAGCAAAACCCGGGCAGGAGCCAAUAGCAAAGGCCGUCGGGGCAGCCAAAAUUCUUCAGAGCAUCGCCCACCUGCCACUAACACCUGUGAGGAUGUCAAAGCUAGCCCUUCCUCAGCUAAUAAGCGGAAAAACAAACCCCUUUCAGACAUGGAGCUAAAUUCUAGCUCAGAAGACUCCAAAGGGAGCAAGCGUGUUCGCACGAAUUCCAUGGGCUCAGCCACUGGCCCCCUCCCUGUGACCAAGGUAGAACCCACGGUUCUGGACAGGAAUUGUCCCUCCCCAGUCCUGAUUGACUGUCCUCACCCAAACUGCAACAAGAAGUAUAAGCACAUCAAUGGACUUAAGUACCACCAAGCUCAUGCCCACACAGACGAUGACAGCAAGCCAGAAGCAGAUGGGGACAGUGAGUAUGGAGAGGAACCCACCCUCCAUGCAGACCUUGGGAACUGUAAUGGUGCACCUAUCUCACAGAAAGGAUCCUUAUCCCCUGCCCGCUCAGCUACCCCCAAAGUUCGGCUCAUAGAGCCUCAUAGCCCUUCUCCUUCAAGCAAAUUCAGCACAAAAGGCCUCUGUAAGAAAAAGUUGAGUGGGGAAGGAGACACAGACCUUGGGGCCUUAUCCAAUGAUGGCUCUGAUGAUGGACCCUCAGUAAUGGAUGAAACAAGCAAUGAUGCCUUUGAUUCUUUGGAAAGGAAGUGUAUGGAAAAAGAAAAAUGUAAAAAGCCCUCUAGUUUGAAACCUGAAAAGAUUCCUUCCAAGAGCUUAAAGUCAGCCCGGCCCAUCGCCCCUGCCAUCCCCCCACAGCAAAUCUACACUUUUCAGACAGCCACCUUCACAGCAGCAAGCCCAGGCGCCUCCUCAGGCUUGACCACAGUGGUCCAAGCCAUGCCCAACAGUCCUCAACUCAAGCCUAUUCAACCCAAACCCACUGUUAUGGGAGAGCCUUUCACAGUUAACCCUGCAUUGACUCCAGCCAAGGAUAAGAAAAAGAAAGAAAAAAAAAAGAAGGAAUCUUCAAAGGAACUUGAAAACCCUCUGACCCCUGGGAAGGUAUGUCGAGUAGAGGAAGGCAAAAGCCCGUUCAGGGAAUCAUCAGGAGAUGGGAUAAAAAUGGAGGGGCUCCUGAAUGGCUCCUCAGACCCCCACCAAAGCCGACUUGCUAGCAUCAAGGCUGAAGCUGAUAAGAUCUACAGCUUCACGGACAAUGCCCCCAGCCCUUCAAUUGGAGGCAGCAGCCGCCUAGAUAGCACUACCCCGACCCAGCCUCUGACUCCCUUACAUGUAGUGUCCCAGAAUGGAGCUGAAGCCAGCUCAGUCAAAACCAAUAGCCCUGCCUACUCUGACAUCUCUGAUGCUGGAGAGGAUGGAGAGGGCAAGCUAGACAGUGUCAAAUCAAAGGACCCUGAACAGUUGGUUAAGGAAGGGGCUAAGAAAACUCUUUUUCCCCCUCAGUCACAGAGCAAAGACUCACCAUAUUACCAAGGCUUUGAGAGUUACUACUCUCCAAGUUAUGCACAGUCUAGCCCAGGAGCUCUAAAUUCCAGCAGCCAAGUAGGAGUAGAGAGCCAGGCCCUAAAAACAAAAAAGGAUGAGGAGCCUGAGAGCAUGGAGGGGAAAAUGAAGAAUGAUGUCUGUGAGGAAAAGAAACCUGAGCUGAGCAGUUCCAGUCAGCAGCCCUCCGUUAUCCAGCAGCGGCCCAACAUGUACAUGCAGUCCCUAUACUAUAACCAGUAUGCCUAUGUGCCCCCAUAUGGCUACAGUGACCAGAGUUACCACACCCACCUCUUGAGCACUAACACAGCUUACAGGCAGCAGUAUGAAGAACAGCAGAAGCGUCAGAGCUUGGAGCAGCAGCAGCGAGGAUUGGACAAGAAGGUAGAGAUGGGCCUGAAGGAGCGGGAGACAGCACUCAAGGAAGAGUGGAAGCAAAAGCCAUCAGUUCCACCAACUCUUACCAAGGCUCCCAGCCUGACAGACCUGGUGAAGUCAGGACCUAGCAAAGCCAAGGACCCAGGGGCUGACCCUGCCAAGUCAGUCAUCAUUCCCAAGUUAGAUGACGCUUCAAAACUCUCCAGCCAGACCCCUGAAGGCCUUAAAGUGAAGCUGAGUGAAGCCAGCCACCUAGGCAAAGAGGCUUCUGAGGCUAAGACAGGCACUGAGUGUGGCCGACAGGCAGAAGUGGAUCCAGUACUCUGGUACCGACAGGAGGCAGAGCCCCGGAUGUGGACAUAUGUUUAUCCUGCCAAGUACUCAGACAUCAAGUCAGAGGAUGAACGGUGGAAAGAGGAGCGGGACCGCAAAUUGAAAGAGGAAAGGAGUCGGAGUAAGGACUCUGUCCCCAAGGAGGAUGGGAAGGAAAGCACAAGUAGUGACUGCAAGCUGCCCACGUCUGAGGAGUCCCGCCUUGGGAACAAGGAACCCCGACCAAGUGUCCAUGUGCCUGUGUCUUCCCCACUCACCCAACACCAGUCCUACAUCCCCUACAUGCACGGCUAUUCCUACAGCCAGUCCUAUGACCCCAACCACCCCAGCUACCGGGGCAUGCCUGCUGUGAUGAUGCAGAACUACCCAGGUUCCUACUUGCCUUCCAGCUACUCUUUCUCCCCAUAUGGCAGCAAGGUCUCAGGUGGUGAAGAUGUCGACAAGGCACGAGCCAGCCCCAGUGUCAGUUGUAAAUCCAGCUCAGAGUCCAAAGCCCUGGACAUCUUGCAGCAGCAUGCCAGUCACUACAAGAGCAAGUCUCCAACGAUAAGUGAUAAAACUUCUCAGGAGAGAGAUCGGGGAAGCUGUGGGGUGGUUGGGGGUGGUGGCAGCUGUAGCAGCAUAGGGGGGUCAAGUGGGGGUGAACGGAGUGUCGACCGGCCCCGCACCUCCCCUUCCCAACGCCUGAUGUCCACACAUCACCACCACCACCACUUGGGGUACUCAUUACUCCCAGCACAGUACAACCUACCCUAUGCAGCAGGGCUUUCUUCUACAGCCAUUGUUGCCAGUCAGCAAGGCUCAACUCCCUCACUCUAUCCACCCCCCAGGAGGUGAGAAUGAACACCAAGUGCUGGGAUAGUCAGCUUCAUGGGCCAGAGUGGCUCACCCAAGGAGGUGCUGGUGUUGCCAUUUAGACAUCAUUUAAAUGGUGUUGAUCAUCUCGUUUGCUGAUCCUACCAUGGCUGAAGGCAGACCCUUGGCUAUCUAGCCUCUACAAGAUCCCUGGACUCCCUGACCCUCCUUCCUCAGGAGCUGGAGAGCUGGUACUUGGCAAAAAUAUUUAUUCUCUCAGCCACAAUCAUGACUGUUGUGGCCUCUGUGGAGAUGAAAGCAUGGGGAGCAACCAGGGAAACACAGUCUAAGCCCAGAGGAGUCACUGCUCUGUUCCCCAGCCCCUUGGUCUGCUGCCAGAGCAGUACCACCACCCACUCCACCCCCAGAAGGGACCCCCAAGCACUGAAGACAGCACAGCAGCCAUACCCUUCUCACCAUCAUUACCACCAUCACCAGAUUCUGCAUCUCCCCAGCGGUUUGGGCCUGGGAACUGGCAGCAUGUGGAGGAAUUAGAAUCUCAGGAAAGAAAUUGGGGGCCAUUUUCUCUGUAAUUUUGAAGAUAAGGUCUUUAAACAUGGAGACAUCCCCCCUCUAACAUGAGCACAGAUAAAUGCUCGGAGCCUGGCCUGGAAAGGAAGUCCAAGGCCACUGUGGCCUUGAGCUGCCUGUCAGGCAGAGGAUAAGGGUUCCACCUCCAGCACAGGGCUCCCCAGGGAUGCGGGAGGGAGCCAGAGCUGGAAUAUGGAGUGCGUAAAAUUGAACCUGCUUCCCCACUAAGUCCUGCUGCUUCUGACCUCUCAACUCCUUGCCCUUUUCUCUUCCCUCCCUAACCCCUUGAUGCUUUUCCAGGGGGAUGCCCACACUCAUCUUUUCUUUUCCAGUGCUUGGUUCUUAAGACUCAGGCAGAAAAAGUAAAAUUUCCCCCUGCAUGGGGAACCUUGGAGUCUGCCAGGUCACUUUAGGGCAAGUCCCAGAAGUCAGGCUCUGGGAGCACCCAGUAGUUCUUGGAGAUGUCCUGUCUAUUCAGCCAUCUGAGUAUCUUCCUCAUUAAGGCCCAUAAAUGUAUGCAGCCCAGUUCUUCUGUCUUCAUGGUUUUAUAUAGUUCAAUAUAUAACCUCCAUAUGUGCCAAUAUAAGCUGUGUGUCUUUGCAGCACACAUUUUUGUUUUAGGGGCCACUGGCCAUGGGAGGUUAUUUGUUCCUCAGACUCUGGGAUAACACAUCCAAGCAUUACUCAUUACUGGAGCUCAGAGUGAACUCAGUGGGGCUGUAUUUUGAGGUAGCAGACAAUUCUUCGCUGUCCUUAGAAAUGCAGUCUCCCUUGAUCCAAUCUAUAAAGCUCUGUGUACUGGGAAAGUGAUGAUUUGGUAGCUCUAUUGGAGUCACUUCCUCCCAAGGUGUGGGAAGCUUUAGCUCUGCUUUUGUGAUGUGUCAUCCCUUUGUUCUCCUUCCCUAUCUUUCUUUGAUCCUUUGGAUUGUCAACUGUAAAAAUUGUCAGACACUAGCAUAGACUGGAGAAGGGUAUUUGUAACCAGAAUGCCAAAAGUGACCAUUUAUGAGCAGGAAGGUGGUUCUGACUUCUCCUGGAGAAUGGGGACGAGGGGGACAGUAAGCACAAUGCCCAGUAGAGGGUGGUUUCCAAAAAUCCCUAAAGCCCUACACAUACGUAGGCUUUGGGUCAUUUGUCCAAGAGGAGCCCCUCUGAUCCACAAAUUUUCCCUGUAGGUUUCCAUGUCCUUGUUUUUGUUUAAGUUGGAUUCUGAACUCUCCCCUAAAUUCCAUUGUUUUAGACCCAUUGGCAGGGCCCUACGCAGCCUCCCUAAUCACCAUCAUUCCUUCUGCCUCCUGCUGCCCUAGUGGGCAGUGUGCUUUGAGUAGUAACUUCCCCUUUCGUCCAUGGAAGUAGCUGGUGUGGACACCUUCACCUCACCUAACCCAACUCACCCCUACCAAGAGGGUGACUGAAUUUCAGCCUGAUUGUGUCCUCCCAGACUCCUGUGGAAUGGAGCCAAGCGCCCAUUUCUGUUCCUGUUUGUUUUUAAAUGUUGUUGUGUGUUUUUUAUCUGUAGUGCUGGCCUGCAGCAAGCUCUGUACAUAUUGUAAAGAAACCACUGGAGUAAUUUUCUUUCUCAUUGGGCAUGCAUGGCCCCACAUUCCUGCUCUUCCCACUUUGUUCUGUAGCAUAGAGGAGGAACUCCUGUAUUGGCAGGACAGCCUUGGGUUCUGCAGAAGGGAACAGCUGGGUUGUUUUUUUUUUUUUCUUAAAAGACAUUUUGGCUCUUUAAUCCUUAUAUUCUAAGUCUCCCUUGAAGAAUAGGAGCUGCCCAGAUGAGCAAUGAUGGCAGAAUGGCACUGCCUUCAGCCCUGAUCCUCCUGGUCCCUAAUCCUUAGCAGGUACAGUCUUCCCUCCCUGAAAUAGCAUGAAGCAGCAGCAGCUGUAGAGAUCCUUAACAAGGACUGAGUGAAAGAUUUGAUAUCCACCUCAGCCUCUCUGUAUAGGGAGGAAAAAUACAGUUAUUGGAUGCCCAUGAUCAAGUCAACAGGACGAGAGGUUCAGCAAGGUUCCCCACCCCAAACCAAACGCUGCUGCUAAGGGCCCAAACCACCAAACCAAAUCUCUCCUUGAGUCAUCUAGUAGAGAAGCUAAGCCAAGAGGGCCUCAUCCUCUGGUAGGGUAGCCAUGGCUUGAGAGCUGCCCUUUAGGAUUUACAUCUGCUUUUUCCUCAUUUAUGCUGCGCCUGUCUUCAUCCCCUUCCCCUAUAUUAUACAUGUAUAUGCACAUGUAUAAAGUUUCCUUCUCUUACUUCCCAUUCUCCACAUACCUGAAGGUCAAAGAAUCACAUGCAGAAGGGUAAGAAGGCACCCUAUGAAAUCAAAUGGUCAUUUCUUUAAUCUCCUCUCCAGGCUCCAGGAUGGGGAUGGGAGGACUUGAGAGUUAGGGGCUAAGACUCCAGAAGGGCUAGAGAGUUAUAUACAGGCUGUGAGGCCCCUUUGUGUCACUUACUACCCCAUAGACCCUAUCACCAUCCCACUGUCUACUUUGAUGCCCCCAUGAUUCAACUGGGCAGCUAGUUGGCCCCAUAAUCCUGGGCCUUUGUCAUUUGUUUUAUUUCCAGUGAUCCCCUGCCAUGGGCCCUCCUGGGAUCAAACCUCUCCCAGGCCCUGUCCCCAGCCCCUCCUGCCCCAGCCCACCCGCUUGCCUUGGUGCUCAGCCCUCCCGCUGGGAGCAGGUUGGGGCAAGCUGGAGGCCCGGGCUGGAGGGGCAGUGUUGCUGUUCAUAGCUUUUGUUCCAUUGGCGUUGCUCUGUUCGAUUUAAUUUCAGUCUUCCUGAUUCUUCCCUUCUGUAAAGUGUACAUUACCAAGUUCCUUGUUUUU